UGAGUACUCUCCAGUGAUGAGAUUUGGCGCGUGAAUUUGACAGUAUGGGUGACAGGUAUAAGCCUCUCUGCGAGCUUGGAGCAGGUGCAUUUGGUAAAGCCUUGGUUGUUCGAGACACUAAGACACAGAUAAAACAUGUGUCUAAAGUUAUCCAGAUCAAAGGUCUGUCAAGUCGAGCAUUAGAUCGCUGUGUGACAGAAGUUGCGGUACUCAGUGCAUGUUCUCAUCCCAAUAUUGUGCGUUAUAUAGAAGCGUUUGUCAGCAGCGGAGCUCUGCACAUUGUCAUGGAAUAUGCGUCCGGAGGAGAUCUUCAGCAGAAAAUUGAGAAACAAAAUGGUGUGUUGUUUACAAGUGACAUGGUUUUAGAGUGGUUUCUUCAAGUUGUUUUGGCUUUAGAGUACAUACAUAGCAAGAAUAUUCUUCACAGAGACUUGAAACCACAGAACAUAUUCCUGACAGACAAUGGUAUAGUGAAGCUCGGAGAUUUUGGUAUAGCACGAGUGUUGAACAGUUGCGAUGAUCUAGCUUCCACAAGAAUAGGAACACCUUUCUACAUCAGUCCAGAAAUAUGUGAGGGAAAACAGUACAACAGUAGCAGUGAUAUGUGGGCAGCAGGCUGUCUUCUGUACCAGAUGUGUACACUACGUGUUCCGUUCCAUGCCAGUAACUUUGAUGACUUGACCAAGAAAAUCAUCAAGGCUGAAUAUGAGCCUAUUCCAAGCCAUUUUAGUGAAGUUAUCAAGCUAAUUGUUUCAAAGCUGUUAGUUGCAACCCCAGACAACAGACUUUCUGCUUCAAAACUGCUGACUUUAGAACCCUUACAUGGAAUGGUGUUGUAUUUGAAAAACAGAAACAACCGGAAAGGUCAGGCUUCAAGGUCAAGGUCCAAUAGUUUAGUUACUGCAAGGUCAAGGACACAGUUUCAUCAAAAACCAAGAUCAGCAAGUGUAAACAGAUUGCACAAGGGUAAUAAUGAAAAUUCAGAGACACACUGUCAGGUCAAAGGUCAAAAUCAAACAGUAAAGAGGCCAGAUACUGACAAAGUGGAAACAAGAUGCAAAAAUGAUAGGAAAAAUACGACAGAAACAGCCGAGAAAAAAAGCUGUUGUAAACAUACGGUUAGAAGUGAACAGACAGAUAGAGAGGAUAGUCAAAAACAUGUCAAGAUAAGUGAUGUGAAGGACACAGAUGGCAUGCAAAGAAAUACUGAAGUACAAGGCUGUGGAGUUGAGUCACUUGAAAACAAAAGUCACGUUGGUUGUGUUAAUGAAACGGUUGGAAGAAAUGUUUUGAAUGACGAGUCUAAACUGAAGAUAGACAAAAAGGUGCAAACAUCUUUUUUGUUUUUGAUAUCUCUUGCAGAUGCAGAAAUGAUUCUCCAUGUAAGCUAA